AAAAAGUAUAAGUUUUGUUUUGAAUAAAAAAUAUUUCUAAAUAUUGAUAAUUUUAAAAACUGAUAAAAAGAAUGUUAAAGAGAAAAAGUACUUGUAACAAUACGGAUGUAUAUUUACGAUUUGAUAUCAAUGAUAUAACUUGAUAUUAAAGAUAUAUAAAUGAAUAUAUUUCGUUAUCUAUAUUAACAGCUGGCAGAUAUUAAAACAUAACGUAUAUACAUAGAUAUAAAAUUUCCGUUUGUUGAGACUGUUAUCAACAUAAUAGAUUUUUUUAUAUCAUUAUGAUUCUUCCUAUGACAAAUAGGAAAGAAAAUCUUUGUUUAAAUUAACAAAUUGAAAAUUAUUUCAAAGUUAUCUACAGAACAGUGCAAAUUAGAAGGAUGGCAACUGAAGUCAUAGAAUCACAUCCAUUUAAGAAUUUACAAGAAUUAUAUGAUAAUGUGGAUAAUCUGAAACCAUGGCCUGAUAUUAAGAAACUAAGAGAAUCAACAGAUUAUGUGUAUAAUGGUUCAGAAAUAAAUAUACAAAAGUUGUAUUUGGAAAAAUUUGAUAGACAAGAACAACCAAGAACAUUAGUAUGUCAUGAUAUGAAAGGUGGUUAUCUGCAAGAUAGAUUUAUAGAUGGAUCAAAGUCUUAUGAGUCUUAUUUAUUUUAUCAUUGGAGUGUUAUUGAUACAUUUGUAUACUUUAGCCAUUAUUUUAUUACUAUUCCACCUUAUGGAUGGAUUAACGCAGCACAUGAUCAUGGAGUUAAAAUUCUUGGUACUGUAAUAACUGAAAAAGAAGGUAUAUGGGAUCUUAUACUUGUAUCUCAGGAGGAUGUGAGAAAAUUUGCAGAUGCAUUAAUAGUUGUUGCAAAAUUUUAUAAAUUUGACGGCUGGUUAUUAAACAUUGAAAAUGUGAUUAAAAAUGAACAAAUCAACAAUUUAAUUUAUUUCGUGAAAUAUCUAACAGACAAUAUACAUGAAGCAAUAAAAGAUUCUGAAAUUAUAUGGUAUGAUAGUGUGACUAAUGAAGGAACGUUAAACUGGCAAAAUGAGCUUAAUAAUAAAAAUAUAGACUUUUUUUUAAAUUGCGACGGUAUUUAUUUGAACUACAAUUGGAAUAAAUCAAAACUAGAAAAUAGUUAUGCACUUGCAAAAAAUCAUAACAGAAAUGUUCAUGAUAUUUAUGUAGGAUUAGAUGUUUGGGGAAGAGGAUGUCCUGGUGGUGGUGGAUUUAAUUCAAUAUAUGCUUUACGAAAAAUACGGCAAGAAAAACUUUCGGUCGCAAUUUUUGCUCCUGGUUGGACUCAUGAAUUUUUCGGAUCCAAAACAUUUCAAGAAUUGGAAGAUUUAUUUUGGGCACAAUUGUUUCCUUAUUUAUAUAUUCAUGUACUUAUCUAUGAAGAAGAAACAUUUAAAACAUCAUUUUGCCGUGGAAGUGGUAGUUUGUAUUAUAGCUGUGGUGAGAUACAGUUAGAUAUGCGCAUUGUAGAAGGUAAAAAUAUUUGGGAACAAAGAUCAUUCUAUAACUUAUCCAAGCAAAUGCCACAAAUAUCUGUACCUACACCACAUUUACAAUUCACAUAUGUUCCACAACUUCCUGAACCAAAAAAUGAAAACGAUCGAAACGAAUGUCCAAAACAACCGAUACAAUAUAUUUACGAAACAAAGAAAAACGUUAUUCGAAUAUUAGAAAAUGUUGUAAAUAUUCAAGACAAAAUGCCAAUCCUAGAUAUAAAUUGCUUCGAAUUUUGUAAUCAAUUUUCUUUUGAAGGUGGUGGUUGUUUAAAAUUAAUUACGAAUGAUCUUAGAUCGUAUCAUAGAUUAUUUCUUGUUCAUAUCGAAUUCCAACAAGACAUUGAAGCAACUAUCAUUUACGAAGAAAUGAUAUCUUCUAUGACGAAUGGAACUCGAAGUGAACCAAUUUUAAUUUUGGGUAAUGAUUCUGGCUUAAAAUCUAUUAUCCAUUAUAAAUCAGAAAAUUUAAACUCGAGAUGGAAAAAAUGUGUUUAUCUAACGAAUAUGAGGACUGUGAACGAGAUCGGUAUAUCUUUCGCAAAGAAGAAUAUCUGUUAUCUAGGAGAGAUCAUUCUCGAACAAAAAGGACAUCCGAACUGCACCUGCUUCUACACUGUCUGCGACAGUGUUUAAUUUUUAAUCCUCUUAGCCCGCAUGCGAUCCUAAUACUUCACCAUCGUUUAAUUUCACUGGAUGCGAUGUAGCUUCGACAAAUCAACUGGAACAGAAGUGAAAAUUAAAGAUGGAAGGACAAGGUACGAUCAUCAUUUUUACGGAUUAUUUCCUUGUCUAUGAUUGAUUUGACAAUCAGUUUCACAGGAAACUACGUGCACGAGCCACUUUCGAACAGCUUUAAAAGUUCAGGAUCGAUAAUAGCUCACGCGAGAAAUGAACGCUGUGACAGGCAUUGACAAGUGAAUGGCUCCACUUGUAGUCGGUCGAUGAACCUCGCUCGAUUGAAAAAUCAAAAAAAGAUCAACGGGCAGAAUCCGUGCAACGAAAGUCGGUAUCAGGUGGAGGAGCGGUCAUUAACUUUUCCCGAUAAAAAUUCAUGACUCUCUCUCUCUCUCUCUCUCUCCCCGUUUGUCACGUGUUCUUUACACACUUUCACCUCUGCCUAUCGUUAAAUAAAUGAAUUGUCGAGAGAAGAAAUUGUCAAGGAUCGUGACGUGUCUAUUGUUUAUAUCUCGAUCUAUUCUUUUGUAAAGAGAAUUAUAUUCUAAUAUCAUUGUACCGUCGCCAAUAAAAUUGAUGCAAUGAAAUUUUUCAUUCGAUUGCUUAAUCGGAAUGAUGCGAAACGAAAACUUUUUAUCGAGUAUUUGGUGAAAUUCAGUUUGACCAAUCAAGUAUUAACUGUGAGAUAAUUAUUUAUUCGCGAACGAGUACAAUUAAACAACUUUGUGAAACGGAAUUAUUAAGACGCGAUGUAUUAGAUUUUAUUAUUAAGCGGAA